UUCGCGAGACCGCUCGAUUUCUGUAGCCGUUUGUUCAAAAAAUCUCACGAGAAUACAUCCUUCCCUUCCGGUUUCUGUGAGUGCAGAAUCAGCUGGUAUCGGAAACCAGUGCAAGUCCUCUGUCAUUUGCACCCAGCGACAUUGAGUAAGGAGUAACCUUCUCCAGCUUCCUAAACGCCAAAGUGUGUUUUGGUCAGGGAAGAGUGGGCCAUGGGAAACAUAUUUGGAAACUUGCUCAAGAGCCUCAUUGGAAAGAAGGAGAUGCGAAUCCUGAUGGUGGGACUGGAUGCAGCUGGGAAAACAACAAUCUUGUACAAACUGAAGCUGGGUGAAAUCGUAACUACCAUUCCUACCAUUGGAUUCAAUGUGGAAACAGUCGAGUUUAGAAACAUCAGCUUCACUGUCUGGGAUGUGGGCGGCCAAGACAAAAUUCGCCCCCUUUGGAGACAUUAUUUUCAGAACACCCAGGGCUUGAUAUUCGUGGUGGAUAGUAAUGAUCGAGAGCGAGUAAAUGAAGCCCGAGAGGAGUUGAUGAGAAUGUUGGCUGAAGAUGAGCUGCGAGAAGCUGUCUUACUUGUGUUUGCAAACAAACAGGAUCUCCCAAAUGCCAUGAAUGCGGCGGAGAUCACUGAUAAGCUGGGUCUUCACUCUCUGCGUCACCGAAGCUGGUACAUCCAAGCAACCUGUGCUACAAGUGGAGAUGGCCUCUAUGAAGGUCUGGACUGGCUCGCCAACCAGCUCAAGAACAAGAAGUGAUGCAGCACUUAGAGAGUUGGUGACAAGGAGCGUGCAUCUGGAUGAGCGCGGUGAUCACUCUGCCAACUUUUUCCAUCCAGUCAUCUGGCUUGUGUUUAUUUAUUUUAUUUUUAUUUUAUCUUUAUUAUUGUUUUCCCCUUCUUGAUUAGUUGUCUCUCUUGGGUGUGAUGUUUCAGGUUUCGUUAGUUAAAGGUGCACAUCCCUUAUUGAUGCUAAGUUGAGUUUAAAUCUGUAUGUUAAGGAGCGUGAUGGUGGAGAGAGCACUGGUCCCUCCCCUACACCUCCAGUAUUCUAAUGUGAUUCUUAUGUGCAAUAGUGUGCUGUAGUCCCUGGUGCAAGUCUGCAUUCACUAAGCUUUGGGACCAGAACAUUUUUUUUACCUCACUGAAAGAGGGUAUGUUUUUAAUUUACUGGCUUGUGCAAGUCGACAAGGGAACUGCAACCAGAGUAUUGGUCAGAUCUGUAGUAUAGGUUAUGUAUUGGUAUCUUUGGGGAAAACAUUGUCUUUAAGGCAGCUAUGGUGUAAAUGUGCAGUGCACAGCACCAGCCAUUUGCUUGGGAACAUGAAAGUGGUAUGAUUUCAGUUUUGUUACUAAUACUGGAUCAGUUUCUUUUACUUUGCUUUCGGGGAAACUUCAUGGUUUGCUUGUUUUGGAAUGCACAGCAUGCUACAAGAGUCUGCAGAGCAGGCUUAUAAACACUGGUAAAUGUAUUAUUUAUUGCAACAGCUUUUGUGUUUUAUGAACCAGAAGCAGGUUUUACAGGUCACUUGCUUGUGGGUAAGGGGCUAGGGGGAUUUUUAAAAAUGUCAAGUACUAAAAUAAAGAAUUCUGGGAAAAACAUUGUAAGGUGAAAAAAACAAGAGAACUAGAUUACAGUUGUUAUAGCUAGUAUGUUCUGUUCUUUCCAGUCCCAAAUUGGCUUCUGAUUUUGUGUGUGUGUGUGUGUGUGUGUGUGUGUGUGUGUGUGUGUGUGUGUGUGUGUGUGUGUGUGUGUGUGUGUGUGUGUGUGUGUCAUUGGCGAAGACUGCUUAUAGUCUGCCCCAUGUUGAUUGGGUUAGUUGUGGGGUGGUUAGUCUGUAAUAUCAGUUAGUUGAUGUUUUCCUCCUGUCUUUAGGUCCUUUCCUGGAUUCCAAUUCCUUCAGUUUGUUCCUGGCCGGAAAUAGGGAGAGGUACUCCUCUGGGCUGGCAGCACUGAUCCUUUUAAAGUAUUGGCUAACACUGUAUGUGUAACGCACAAUUUUAGCAACCACUGAAGUAAACCAGGACUUGGAUUUUUUGAUUCCUUCAAGAUCUGUUAUUGCAGAAGAAGCCUGCUUGGCCACAGGGUAGGUUGAUGGACUUCUGUUGUAUGCCACUAUUUGAGGUUAGUAUUUAUACAUACUGGGGGUAGUAAUCCGCAAAAGUGGGAAUGUGUAGAGCUGUGUACUGAAAGACACUGAGUCAUUUUGCCAGUGUCCUGUUUGAGAAGUAGAAGGGGUAUUUAUUUUAUGUGGCCUUUGCACUUUUUUAUUGCACUUUUAUUUUUGAUGGGUCAUUCCAUUUUUUUAAUAAUUUUGAAUGGUUUUACGGAGUACAUAUUCUGCUGUUUGAAACUCAUUCAAUUUUCUAUGUUGUGACUUUUUGACCGUUUUUAGUGCUGGAUCAGUUUUGUUGGAAUAUACACUGUAUGUUUAAUCUCUACCGUUGCUCUUUAAGUGGUGCGCAAACUCACACAAUUUAAACCCUGACUAAAUAUUAAAUAUGUUUUAUGUACCUUA